UGCCCGAGCGGCCGUGCCCGAGCGCCGUUGCUCGCGUUCAGUCGGGACGGAGCUUCGUGCGCGCUGCGUGGCCGAGGCGCGUGAUGCAAUUCCAGGAAGCAAAAGUGAAGGAAAAGGGGAUUGAGGAGAGAUGGAGACGAAGUCAGUUCAAGCGUGCAUUUCCAGGCUGGCCACCCCUUGGUAACAAGGACAGCUGAUUGCUUGGUUUCCUUAAGCUGUCUCCCUGGAGGAGGUAUAAGGUGCCACACCCCAGGACAGCCACCUAAAUGAGGAGAGGAGAGGAUCUACUCCUCAGCGCCUUUGUCUCCCUGGUGAAAGGUCUGCCCCGUGGUACGUCAGCUCCACCAGAUGUGCAGAUGGUGCACGUGUGGGCAUCAGAUGAUGAAACAUCAUUUAGAGAGAUUAUGUGAUUUUUCUCUUGGUCAAGACCUCGUGGGUGAUGGAGCCAGAAAUCACCACUUGGAAUGUCAGCUCUUAAACACCAUCUUGGAACACUGCGUGGGGAAUCAUACUGGUUGACGUUCAUAGAUUUGUGGUCCUACUAGGUCAACCUGAAUCAACAUGUCUGGGACUGAAGAAGCAAUUCUUAGCGGCCGUGACAGCCAUCCUGCUGGUGGCAACUCUGUAUUAUGCUUUGGUCAGUACCAAUACACAGCAGAAGAGUACCAGGCCAUCCAGAAUGCCCUGAGGCAGAGGCUGGGCCCAGAAUACAUAAGUAGCCGCGUGGCUGGAGGCGGCCAGAAGGUGUGUUACAUCGAGGGUCACAGGGUAAUUAAUCUGGCCAAUGAGAUGUUUGGCUACAAUGGCUGGGCACACUCUAUCACACAGCAGAACGUGGAUUUUGUUGACCUUAACAAUGGCAAGUUCUACGUGGGCGUCUGUGCGUUUGUGAGAGUCCAGCUGAAGGUGAGGGUGAUGGAGGGGACAUGCUGCCUGCAGGCACAGGGCAGGUGGGAGAGUGAGCAGGAUGGUUCGUAUCAUGAGGACGUGGGCUAUGGUGUUAGCGAGGGCCUCAAGUCCAAAGCCUUGUCUUUGGAGAAGGCGAGGAAGGAGGCAGUGACCGAUGGGCUGAAGCGAGCACUGAGAAGUUUCGGGAAUGCACUUGGGAAUUGUAUUCUGGACAAAGACUACCUGAGGUCGCUAAACAAGCUCCCACACCAGCUGCCUCUUGAAGUGGAUUUAACUAAAGCAAAGAGACAAGACUUUGAACCAUGUGUGGAACAAGCCAGAUACAGCAGCUGCCGACGGAACCCGACUCUGGGACCCCCCAGACCACAGGAGGUGACGUCUCCUUGCAGACCAAGCCACCACGUUGUGAUGCAGGGGAUGAGGACAGCGGCUCCGGGUGCGGGCUGUGUGCCCUCCCCGCCCCUGCUCCUUCCCAGAAGCCCGACCUCCGCUGCCACAGAGAGCGAUGCCACGUACCAGCGGAAGCUCCGGCAAAGACAGCUGCAGCAGCGGUUCCGGGAGCAGAUGGAGAAACAGCAGCAGGAACCCCCGUCUGGCCCACCUGCCGAGAAGCAGGGUCCUGCAGCGCUGCCACCGGUGCCACCUGCCGGAACUGCUGCUUCAGAGCCGCUCACCCAGACAGACGUGCUUCCAGCACCUCGUUUGUUGAUGCUGCAUUUGCUUGUGACCUCUGUCCUUGCAGACAGUCUUGAAAUGUGGGACAUGGCUCUAGAUGCAGGGGACAGUGUGGUCAAGCCCUUGUCUAAACCAGAACCGCCACAGGCCCCUGCCACCUCCGUCCGGCAGAACGAGAUGGAGACCUGGAACAGGACCCCACAGAGCCUUUGCCACCAGAAUCCACAGGCAAAAUCUGGACCCUGGCACCUUCAAACUUACAACCUUAACCAACACAUAACAGGAGACUAUGAUUCAUAUAGGAAGAACCAGGACACGAAGAAAAGGAAAUUGGAUUCAUCUUGACCAAGGCUCCGUUCACCUCACUGGAUUCUGUCACAAAGGGACUUUCAAAAACUGCUUGUUGGUCAUGAAAUGACUCAUCAUUCCUAGGGAAUAAGCUUUACCUCCGGGGAUUUACCUUGCUUCAUGCUCAACUUCGCCAGAGGAUUUCACUAUUGGAACCUGACGCAGAUCAAGCUGGGCAGGUUGGGAAGCCCUGCGGAGAUUAAACACACACACACCUUU